GCGGGGCGGAACUACCGUUCCCAGCAGGCCUCUCGGCACUCCCGGCCUGCUGCGCGCGAAGGGCGUCCCCCUUCCCCCUCCGCCCCGCCCCCCGCCUAAACUACAUUUCCCGGCGGGCGCCGCGGCGGCGGGUUGCCAGGGGAGCGCGAUGGACGCCUCCAUCCCGCAGCACUUCUUCACGCCGAAGGAGGUGGCGGUGCACAACCGGCCGUGGGACCUGUGGGUCUCUUAUCUGGGGCGGGUGUACGACCUCAGCCCCCUGUCCGAGCAGUACAAGGGGGACCUUUUGAUGAAACCUCUCCUAGAAGCAGCGGGAAAAGACAUCAGCCAUUGGUUCAACCCCAGAACGAAAGAUAUACAGACACAUGUCGACCCCCUCACGGGGUGCCUCAAGUACUACACGCCCCAAGGCCGGUUUGUGCACAUUCCGCCGCCUCUUCCUCGCUCCGACUGGACCAAUGAUUUCGGCUUGCCCUGGUGGAAAGAUGCCAUGUACGAAGUAGGCAUCUUGUCUUCUAAAACCCGGCACAUACGGAUCAUCAACACGCUGACCUCUCAGGAGCAGACCCUUGAGGUGUGUUCAGAAGAAACUCUGUGGGAGAUCCUGAGGCGCUACCUCCCCUACAACGCUCACGCAGCCAGCUACACGUGGAAAUACCACGGCGUCUGCCUGGACAUGGACAGGAACCUUCAAAGCAACAACAUUCCCAACGAAGAUGAGGACUUCUACCAGCUCAACAUGGAUGCCGAUGAGUUCACGCCCGCCAUUUUGCUCUACUUCAACGACGACCUCACCGAGUUCUAGAAAGCCCACCUUGCCGCUCGCCCAGAGG